AUGUAUACCAAACAGUUCCUUCAAGCUUCGUUAUUAGCUUCUGUCGCUUCGGCGCUUGUCAGUAAAGAUGGUGUAACUGGUAAACUACCAGCCCUAGGAUGGAAUUCCUGGAAUGCUUUCCGUUGCGACAUCAACGAGGAGAAAUUUCUCACAGCCGGUCAAAAGCUUAUUGACCUUGGGCUUGCAAAGGCUGGUUACAAUUAUGUCAAUAUCGACGACUGCUGGUCCAUAAAGUCUGGAAGAGACAACACAACUCAACGUAUAUUGCCAGACUUGACAAAGUUCCCCGAUGGUAUUGACGGUACUGCAAAGAAGAUCCACGACAUGGGACUUAAAAUCGGUAUCUACAGCGAUGCGGGGAAGACGACUUGCGCUGGCUACCCCGGGUCACUUUAUUAUGAGGAUAUUGAUGCGGCAACAUGGGCUGAGUGGGGGAUUGACUAUCUCAAGUAUGACAACUGUGAUGUCCCCUCCGAAUACUGGACCGGUGAUGAAUACCACGCCUGCCACCCAGAUUAUAAUCACCCCACAGGCCCUAACGCCACUUGUGUCAACGACCCUGGCCUCGCACCGGCGGGAUACGACUGGUCUAAGUCCCGCACAGCAGAGAGGUACACCCGCAUGACUACAGCGCUUUUGAAGCAGGACAGAAAUAUCCUGUACUCUAUCUGCAACUGGGGACAGGCCGCGAUCGAGACCUACGGAGCAAAUAUAGGACACAGCUGGAGAAUGACCGAUGACAUUUUCCCUGUAUGGAGCGAGGUCAUUCACAUUAUAAAUUACAACAGUUUCAAACUCAACUAUGUAGAUUUCUGGGCCCAUAACGAUGCCGACAUGCUCGAAGUUGGCAACGGCGACCUCACUCCCGAAGAAACGCGCUCUCAUUUUGCUCUUUGGCAGCGAUGA